AUGCCGCCAAAGAAGAAGGGCAACAAGAAGACGCAGGACGACGACUGGGAAGCCGAGCUCGGCGAGUCUGUCGCGCCUCAGGAUAGCGCUGCAGCAGAACCCAAGUCUGAGGAUGCUGCCGCCGAGGAUGAUGUUGCAGGCGGUGGUCUGAUGGCUGCUCUUGCAAAGCGCGGCAAGAAGAAGAACAAGAAGGGCGCAAACCUUGAAGUCGAAGGCGAGGACCCACCCGUUGAUGAUGCAAACGGGGAUUUCGACAACAAGGCACCACAAGAAGGAACAUUUGACGACGAUGACGAUGAUGUCUUUGCUGGGAACUACGGUAAGAAGAAGGGCAAGGGUGGCGCUGCUGCCAAGGCAGAGGAGCCUGUCGAGGAGAAGUCCACUGAUGCCCCGCGUGUAAAGACCAAGGCAGAGAAGGAGAAGGAAAAGAAGGAAAAGGAGAAGCAGCGAAAGAAGGAGUUGGCUGCGAAGAAGAAGGCCACUGGUCCUGCCAAAGCUGAACCUGCGAAGCCUACCGAAACCAAGCCAGAAGCCGCUGUCGCACCCUCAGUCCCUACACCCGCCCCAGAUACUGCUCCUGCUGCUGGCGGCAAGAAGAAGAAGCUCAACCCCGCGCUAGCUGCCCUCCAAAAACAACAGGAAGAGCGCAAGAAGAGAGAGGAAGAGAUAGCGCGUGCUGAGGCUGAAGAGAAAGCUAAGCUAGAGGAGCUGGAGCGACAAGAGGCUGAAGAGAAAAAGCGCAAGGAGGAAGCCAAGCAACUCAAAAAGCAGAAGGAGAAAGAAAAGAUUGAGCAGCUAAAGAAGGAGGGCAAGUACAUGACAAAGGCUCAAAAGGAAGCCAAGGCAAAGAACGAACUCCGUCUACAGCAGCUGCUAGAGCAGGGUGGUACGAAAGUCGCUGGGCUUGCCGAUGAAGUCGACAAGAAGAAGAAGCCAGUGUACGAUGACCGCAAAAAGAAAAAGAAGAAGCAGGCCGAGAGUCAACAGGAAAAGGAGGCCCGAGAGGCUGAGGAGGCGGCCAAGAAGAUGGAAGAGCUCAAGCUGGCCGAAGAACAAGCUGCCGCUGCAGCUGAAGCCGCAGAGAAGGCCCGUCUUGACGCUGAGGCGAAGAAGGGUGAGGACGGUGACUCUGCCGACGACUGGGAGGCUCAAGCCGACGAAUUAGAGGGUGUCAAAGACAGCUGGGACGUCGACACCGAUGAGGAAGAAGAGCGUAAGGCAAGUGAGAAGAAGUCCAAGGAAGAGAAGGCUGCCGCGGAGAAGGCUGCUGCAGACAAGGCUGCCAAGUCCAAGGACGCCAGCUCAGAUUCCGAUUCUGAAGACGACAGUGAAGAUGACUCAUCGGAAGACGAAGAAGGAACAGCCACACAGCGAGCUGAAGCCGCUCGUAAAGCUGCCGCCGCCGACCGACGAAAGCAGGCUCACGAGGAGGCUCUUGCUGCGCGGUCAAAGGACAACCUGCGAUCUCCCAUUUGCUGUAUUCUUGGCCACGUUGAUACUGGUAAAACGAAGCUGCUCGACAAGAUCCGUCAGACCAACGUGCAAGAAGGCGAAGCUGGAGGUAUCACACAACAGAUUGGUGCCACCUACUUCCCUGUGGAGGCACUUCAGAAGAAGGUUGCUGUUGUUAACAAGGACAACGACUUUGUUUUCAAUGUCCCAGGUCUCCUAGUCAUUGACACACCCGGUCACGAGUCUUUCACCAACCUACGAUCUCGCGGUUCUUCGCUCUGUAACAUUGCUAUCCUCGUUAUCGACAUCAUGCACGGUCUUGAACCCCAGACCAUCGAGUCUAUGAAGCUGCUUAGAGAUAGGCGGACACCAUUCAUCGUCGCUCUCAACAAGAUCGAUCGUCUGUUCGGCUGGAAGAAGAUCGACAACAACGGCUUCGAGGACAGUUUGAGCCUCCAAAAAGCCUCUGUUCAGUCUGAAUUUGAGGAGCGAUGGACCUUUGUUCGCACUCAGCUGCAAGAGCAAGGUUUCAACUCAGAGAUCUUCAACAGAAACAAGAACAUGGCCAAGUACGUCUCCGUAUGCCCGACGUCAGCGCAUACCGGAGAAGGUAUCCCUGAUAUGAUCAAGCUCAUUGUCAAGCUUACGCAAGAGCGCCUUACAAACAACCUCAUGUACCUUUCUGAGGUUGAGUGUACUGUGCUUGAAGUCAAGGUCAUUGAAGGUCUUGGUACUACCAUCGAUGUUAUCUUGUCCAACGGUGUUCUUCACGAAGGUGACCGGAUAGUAUUAUGCGGUAAUCCAGAACCUAUAGUAACCAAUAUCCGAGCGCUAUUGACACCGGCUGAGAUGAAGGAGCUACGUGUCAAGUCACAAUACGUGCACAACAAGGAGGUCAAGGCCGCCAUGGGUAUCAAGAUCGCUGCCGAUGGGCUCGACCAAGCCAUCGCCGGUUCGCGCUUACUUGUUGUCGGUCCCAAUGAUGACGAGGAGGAUCUUAUGGACGAGGUCAUGGGCGAUCUGGCGCACUUGCUCAGCAAGGUCUCCAAGACUGGUCGUGGUGUCUCGGUUCAAGCGUCCACCCUGGGUUCGCUCGAAGCGCUCCUCGAGUUCUUACGUGUCUCGAAGAUUCCCGUGGCUACCAUUUCCAUCGGCCCUGUAUUCAGAAAAGAUGUCCUUCGAGCCGGUAUCAUGUUAGAAAAGGCCAAAGAAUACGCUGUCAUGCUGUGUUUCGACGUCAAGGUCGACAAGGAAGCCAAAGCGUACGCAGAGGAAAUUGGUGUCAAGAUCUUCGAAGCCGACAUCAUCUACCACUUGUUUGACAAGUUCACAGCGCACAUGAAGCAGCUUGAGGAGCAACGGAAGGAGGAGUCGAAGAUGUUAGCUGUCUUCCCUUGCGUACUCAAGCCGGUUGCCGUCUUCAACAAGAAGGAUCCCAUCAUCAUUGGUGUGGAUGUUACCGAAGGUGCUCUGAGGAUGACCACGCCUAUCUGCGCGGUCAGGAAGAAUGCUACGACUGGUGCCAAGGAACUCAUUCAAUUAGGAAGAGUUACUUCCAUUGAGCGUGACCACAAACCCAUGCAAAUCUGCAAGAGGGGUCAGCCCUCCGUCGCCGUCAAGAUCGAAGGCAGCAACCAGCCCAUGUACGGACGCCACCUGGAAGAAGACGAUAUUCUCUACUCGGCUAUUAGCAGAAAGAGUAUCGAUACACUCAAGGAGUUCUUUAGGAGUGAUGUCAGCCAGGACGAGUGGAAGUUGAUUGUACAGUUGAAGCAGCUUCUUGAUGUGCAGUAA